AUGAAGAAAGUGUCUGCAGAAGUUUUGUCAAGCAAGAAACCAAGUGUAAAAAGUAGCACCGUAAAGUUGAAAAAAGAUGAAGGUCAACGGUAUGAUCUGGUGGAAUUUAUUAUAAAACAUUUUAGAAUUGCAAAUUGGAAGGAAUACGGUGGGGUAAACUAUUAUGCCCAUGAUAUUCUACAUAUUCUGGAUGAUGUCAUCGAAUUGUUUCGAGCAGAAAAACCAUUGCGCAAUGUUUCCCCGCCUAUUACAAUAGUUGGUAAUUUGAACGGCCAAGUUCAAGAUUUAAUCCGAAUUUUGAACAUAAAAAAUGAGAAAAGUAAAAAAGAAGAUGGAUGGAAGCAGGUGUUCGCGACUGAAAAAUUUGUGUUUCUCGGAGAUUAUACUGAAAAUGGAACUUUCAAUUUGGAAACCAUAUGUCUUUUAUUCGGAUUGAAAGUUCUCUUCAGUAGUCGAUACGUUCUUCUUCGUGGUCAGCAAGAAGCAUCGCCUUCUCCAGUAUUUCUGAAUCAACUCCGUGACCGGUUCCCUGGAGGAAUUGGAGAUGAUAUUUAUGCAAAAUUCGUGACUGCGUUCAGUUUGCUCCCGGUUGCAGCAUUGGUUGGUGAGAAGAUUCUAUGUGUUCAUAGUGGAAUUUCAAAUAAUGUACAAUCUUCAUUAGGUGAAAUCAAGAAAGUACGAGUUUUUGAGUGCAUUGUGUAGAUUUACUAAUCGUUUCUUCUUUUUUCGAUUCCUAAAACUACGAAAAUUGAUAAUAUUCAUCCAAUUUCUCAUGAUUUGUUGUAUGCCACCCCAUUGGAAAAAGAUGACGGAGAUCUUGGCGGUGCUCUGUAUUUGAACUUUGAACAUCCAGAAAAGCACAAGUAUUACACUGAUCAAGCAGUUUUAAAAUUUUGUGAAAAGACACAAAUUGAUCUGAUUGUGAGAUCUCAAGAGGUUCCGCCAAAUGGAUUCCGUUUUCUUGCUGACAAAAAGUUGAUCACAAUUUUUUCCGCUGCUGCUUAUAGUAACUACAAAAACAAAGCCGCAUUCUUGCGAGUCGAUAAGAACGGUGCUUGCUCGGUUGUUCAAAUGAAACCAAGUGCUCAUAAGCUAAGAUGGAAAGAAGAUAAGAGAAAGCAAGCAGAAGAGCCUGGAAAGAAUAUUGAAAGUGCGGAGAAUUCAAAAUAUGUUAAGGAACCAGUUAAGAAAGCAAGUAAGGAAACUGCUGAAAAGGAGCAAGAGAAUAAGUAG